GUAUCGUUCGCGCUGAAAUGAAGAUAAAUCCGCAAAACCAGCCGGGCCCAUUUUUUCGCAGCAAUCUGUAAAGUUUCGUGUGAAGGAAAAUCAGCGCCACUGGCAAUGUUUUUUCAGUGAUCUGUUCAACCGCGCUCGACAUCAUCAGUAUUCAGCAACAUGUCUACCACCGCUGAAGAACCGGAUCUUUUCAACGACGUUGAAAUAAUGGAAGUCGGCGAUUUUACGGAAAGCGAUGAAAAUUAUGUUUCGGUCGAGUUACGUUCCGAUGAUGAAGACGACGAACGGGUUAUACUUGAUACGCACGAAUUUUCGUCACCAAAAUCAUUGGGGUCUGGUGAGUUUGAAUCGAUCCCGGUUGAAACAUCCCCGUACGUCAUAAACUCCUCGGCACAGAGCAAUCGUUUUCUAUCUGAUCAUGAGUAUCUAAACGAUAGCACAAGUGCGCCAGUGUUCGAAGCGGCAACUACCGAACGUAUAGCGAGCCAAGUUGAGAACACCAGCAGAGAACGGUUUUGUGUUCCAUACGUUGAAGAUCUCGAUAUGCAGGAUUUAUUCAAUAAGGAUAACGCGCCGGAUGGUACAGCGGUGGAUAACGAAGCAAGCGACGAGGAAAUGGUUUAUGAACCGUUUGAAAUAAAAAUCGAAAUCGGUGAACCACAAAUUCAAGAGACUAUCGUAGAGACCGAAUACAUUGGCAAUGAGAUAAUUGCUAGCGAUUUGCACGAAAGUGAAGUCGAAAGUGAAGAUGCUUGCAACAUCAUAUUGCAGUCGCUCCACAACUCGUUCACGCAACAUGAGACAGAGAAUAGAUCAUUGCUGGAUAAUGAUCAUUCGUACACGACGACAAAUUAUAUCGCACCGCAGUUCAGCGAUCAGGAAGAUUUGCUCUCCGAUAAUGAUGAAAACAAGGUUCGAAAAUUGAUAAACCUCUCCAAGAAAUUGGCGUGCGAGGAUGAUGUUACCACGACAUGUGCUAAAAAAACGGUUGAGCAAAUUGACAAAACGGUGAAAUCUUUGCUUUACCGAUCGAAAAAGGCUCACAACUCUGUACAUGAAAUUGAGCGACCUGCUGCGGAAGGUAAAUGUUCACCGAUAGUGAACGGCGACAGCCCGGACAAGUUGUCGGUAUUGUUAUCCGCCAACUGUUCUGAACGUUUUGAAGACGAUGGAGCUCUUCCGUCUUCUGGUGACACAUUGCAUGAUCAAAUGCCGAAAGGUUUUGAAUCGGAUACAGACUGUACAAAAGGUGCUACUGGGACAGAUAGAACCGCGACUGAGUUCAAUGAACUAAUAUCAUUAGGAAACAAGUUUUCAAAACAUUGUGAACGGUGGAUAGAGCAGACAAAAAGCAAAAAGAAUUUGGAAACAGUAUCAAACUUUUCCGAAUUAGGCCAACUAUUGCAGAAGAUUAAUCGGCAAAGUGGGCAGAUUCCAAUGGCACGGCAGUGUUCGCUCAACUCCAACGUUGGUAGGGCUAUGUGUAAAGUCGAAACAGGCGUACAGACGGAUAAUACAAAGAACUAUAAACAUAUGCAACGGACUCUGAAUGAAAAAUCUAAACAAAAAUUGCUCGAUUCUUUGAGCAAUAGUAGCAGCGAUCAAUCCGACAGCGGAGGUUCGAUCAUGGCUAGAAGCUCGGAUUCCGAUCGCGAUGGUGAUGAAAUGAUGCAAGAGUUUGUAAGACGCAACAGACGGUUGCAAAAAAGUGCCAAAGAUAAACGGAAAAACAGUGCGGUAGGAGAUAUCGGAAAAGAAAGGACCGCUGGCAGUAAAAAGAGAACGGAACAGAUCUAUUCAGACAGCAGUGUGGACGAGGAGAAGCAUUCCGAGCGAGAAGGGGAACGUGUGGAUGGAGACGAGAAUCUUCUCGACGAUGUACUGAGCGGAGUAGACGACAUUAUUUCCGAUUGCCCUGACGUGAUGGGUGUGAUGCAGGAUUACUUUGAGGAAGCAGAAGAACGUCAAGGUCGCGAUGAACUUUCGCCGAAACAGAGUAAGCCGUCUUCCGAUGCGCAACUGAGCAAAGAUGUUUGUACAAAGCAAAUAGACAAGGUUUCCGGUACAAAGCAUUUUAAAGACAUGACAGAAUCCGAACGGGAGGAAUACGAGGACUUGCAGAUCGAACGAUUGUGUAAUAUAAGCAAUCUUGUCGUCUGCAGAAAUGCUUCCAGCGUCGUUUCGGCAAAUACACAAAAUACGGCAAAAGCAAAGGAUGCUAAAGAACACCUCAAAAAGAAAAAGGAAGAAAACAGUAUGGAACAGUUCUUAAAUGAUGAAAAUGGUACCGACAACACGAUCCCACUCGAACCACACUCGGAAGAAUCGAGCGAAAGUGAAAAGGAUGUGGUGGAAACGGAAGAACAAUUUUUGCAGAAAUGCAACGAUAAUGUAAAGCUGCAAAUGCUAAAUCAGUCCAGCAGCAGUGAAGAAACAACGCACGACGAUAGCUUGGAUGAUCGGACCGAUAAUACCAGCGAUGACAGCAUGCACAAAGGAUCGGAUGAUGAAGCUUCGAACGAAUCUUCUGGCUCGUUGGUGGAAACUUUUUUGAAACGUCACAGUGAUAAAAUAACGCAGAAGAACGAAAAGAAAAAGCGAACGAUGGACGAGAUAAGUGAUUUGGAAAAUAGCAAUUCGCAGUUAUUAACCAACGGACAAGGAGAUUCACCAGGAAACGUGGCUGCUGCGGGUGAAGAUUCAAGUGGUAAAGACAUAUCAACAGCGAAACAGCCCGGAGAAGCUAAGAAGCAAUAUAGAAUGGAGCUGGCAAAUCCAAAAGAUAAGGAACUGUUUAGUAACGAUCUGUUUGACGAUAGUAGAAGUGAUACAUCGGACAAAAAGCCCCGCAAAAAGCGAAAACGAAUGGGCGCUCGUAAAGAACGUUUGUCCGAUUCCGAGUUGCAAUCGUCCAGUGAUGAAUCUGACGUUGGGGUAGCUAACGUUUUGAUCAAGAAACGGCAACGAAAGCGAAAAGCUCCUCCCACAGCUGAGUUACCCGAUUCCAGUCCACCAACUACCGCAACUUCUAGCAAAGAUGACAAAUCGGGCGAUGGUGUGGUAACAAGUAUUACCGAAAGUAAUGUAACGACAAAGAAGCAUACUAUCUCCAGUACAGAUUCCUUAGAAAAAACAUCGUCCCCAGCACCUGGUUUACAGUCUGCAUCGUCCGCCACAGAGCGUCCGGCAAAAACGAAGGCUUCGAAAGAUGGUCAAGACUGUAUUAGCCUCAGCUCGGACAGCUCAGACGAUGCCGAACUGAUUUCGGCUGAUUUGGACGAAGGUAAAACAGCACCGGACAAGGAACCGAAACGAAGAACACGGCAUAUGCUUACCAACGAUGAGCUGGCAGAGGAAACUAAAAAAGCGCAAAAGGAAGAAGAGGGUCGAACGGCGCGAUUAAAAAAGAAGCAAGAACAGCUGAAAAAGUGUCUUGCCACGUAUAAGCCGGGACCAGGUGAGAGCGAAUUGGUGCUAGAUUAUGAUUCGUUACGCCGCCAAGCGAUCAGCGUGCAUCCCGAUAUUGUGAAGCUUUUAAAACCUCACCAGGUCGAGGGUAUCCAGUUCAUGUACGAUAACACGUACGGUUCUAUUGAUGCGCUGCCAAAACAUCCCGGUUCCGGUUGCGUUCUGGCACACUGUAUGGGGCUUGGGAAGACGCUGCAAAUGAUUACGCUACUGCACACGGUGAUGCGCUAUCCUCAGCUAAUGACGAACCGAGUGUUGGUCAUAUGUCCCAAGAGUACGGUAAUGAACUGGAAGGAAGAGAUUUCCCGAUGGCAGGGAACCAUUCAUACCGGUUACCAGAUGCGGGUGUACUGUUUUCCGGACGUUUGCACGCAGAACGAUAAGAUAUCGGUGCUGAAGCGAUGGUACUCCUGCAAGUCGCCCAACUGCGGUGUGAUGCUGAUCGGGUACGAAGCGUUUAGAGCACUGAUCAACUACGAGCGACGGAAAGGAUCGGAGCGAAUGCGCAGCGCUAAGCUGGAGCUCAUAAAAGAGUAUCUGCUGAAUCCAGGUGCCGAUCUUGUCAUAUGCGACGAAGGCCAUCAGAUUAAAAACAAGCGAUCGGCUAUCAGUGAGGCAGUAUCAAAAAUCCAUACGAAACGAAGAAUUAUGCUCACUGGAACUCCGAUACAGAACAACCUGAAAGAGUAUUAUUGUAUGGUCAACUUUAUAAAGCCGUCGUUUCUGGGAAGUGACAAGGAGUUUAGUAAUCUUUAUGCAAAUCCGAUCAAGAAUGGGCAGUGCAAGGAUUCCGAUCAUCAAGCCAUUAAAAUUAUGAAGCAACGUUCUUACGUCUUGCACAAUAAACUUUCAAAAUUCGUGCAGCGAAAGGAAGCAUCAGUAUUGAAGGAGUUCCUUCCGGAAAAGUUCGAGUAUGUUUUAUUUAUUCCACUGACACCGGUACAAGAGAAAUUGUAUCAAGUCUUUUUGCAAAUGAACGAGUAUACCAGCAACGAUAUUACCGGCGAGCCCGGUAGAACAAAGAAAUUCAAAUUGAUUGCCGAUUACACCUCAUUGCGCAAGAUAUGGACGCACCCAAAAGUAUUAGAGAAAGCAUGGGAAUUGGCAAAUUUGGAGAAAAAUCGCAAAGACGCAAUCCGCAAAACGGCAACUCCAGACACCGACGAUGAAGCACCCGACGAUAUUAACGAUAUCGCGAGUGGGCAGCUGUCGGUAACGAAUGAUUGGUGGCGCCAGUACCUAGAAACUGCCGAUUUGGAAUCACUCUUCCCAAGCAACAAGUUGUGGAUAAUGUUCGAAAUACUGAAGCAAAGCAACGAGCGUGGAGAAAAGGUGUUAAUUUUUACAGCGUUUGUGUCGGUACUCAAUAUGGUGGAACAUUUUAUGGCCAAGAUUCACAACCAGAGCGCCGACCCGCAACAGGCGGAUGAGUACGGUUACAGCGCAUUCAAGGGUCCGUGGCGUCGGGGCAGAGACUAUUUUCGGUUGGACGGCAAGACGCCCAAAACGGAUCGCCAUCAAAUGAUCACGUCAUUUAAUGAUCCGCUAAAUACGGUUACCAAAUGUUUCCUCAUUUCGGCGAAGGCCGGCGGUCAGGGCAUUAACUUGACUGGUGCAAGCCGUGUGAUCAUUUUGGACACGUCAUGGAACCCAUCGAAUGAUCAGCAAAAUAUUUUUCGCAUUUAUCGUCUCGGCCAGAAGCGUAAGUGCUACGUGUAUCGGUUAAUAGCGGUAGGCACAAUGGAGGAAAAGGUUUAUUCACGUUCCGUUACGAAACAGGCGCUCAGCUACCGGGUGGUAGACGAGCAACAGAUUGACCGACAUUACAGUUACGGCGAGUUGGCGGAACUGUAUACGCUUACAAAGCUUUCGGAGAUGACGCGCGAAACGCCGAUACUUCCGGCCGAUGAUAUUCUAGCAUCACUGUUGCGCACCUUCUCGAACAAGGUUAUCAAGUACCACGAGCAUGAUUCACUGCUGGAAAACAAACCCGAACAGGACCUAAGCGAGGAAGAAAAGAAGGAAGCUUGGGCAGCGUACGAGCGGGAAAUACAGAACAACGAAAACCGUUCCUAUUUAUCGCAGUUCGGCGCGCUGGGUGCGACAUCCAGUUCCAUGUUUGGUGCAUCACAAUACGCUGCAUCGUUAGCUUCGUACUAUAACAGCUUGGGUUAUGGCGGAAUGCCGAGUAUGCCGGGUAUGCCCGUUGGCGGUGGAGAUAUGUAUCGGAACGAUUUCUCUUCCUACAGUAAUUCGAUAAACAGACCGCUUUACAUGCAGUACAGCGGUCAGCCGUCAUACACCUCGAUGCUUAGCGAUCCGGCAUAUACGUCGGCAUUGGCUAAGAUGUUUAAUAACUUUCCUAUGUCCGGCACGACAGGGAUGGACUAUGGUAUGCCUUCACUUCAGAGUCAUUCGUCACCAAUUGGUAACGGUCAAUCGAUGCUACCACCGGUCGGUCCAACGGUUAAUCAAGCAGGAUCGUCCGGAAAAGGAUACGGUUCGGCUGGUGUACUAGCGAGCAUGCUAAACUACUACACAGGAAAAGCGACUGCCAGUAGCAGUGGAUUGCCGCCAUCGUCCUUGGGUGCGUUAGGACAAUCUCAGUUGUCGAGUGCUGCGAGUUCCUCGUUAGGAGAUAUAGCUGCGCAGCACAGUACCUCGAACAGUAGCAAUCCGAUGAGUCACUACAACACGUUAAAACAGAUGUGUGAUUACGCACAAAGCAAUUUGUCCCUUCUGCCAUCAAACGCCGUUCAACCAGCAACGCCCGCUGGACUAACGAUUUCAAAUAUAGCUUCACUACACAAAUCGAGUCCACAAUCAACUGGCAAUCCAAAUGCAAGUGGUGGCGGUUUCGAUUCAGCAAAAUCCAUAUUCAACCGGUUAAGCGAACAAAUGGCUAUUUCAUCAAUUUCAUCGGCUGGUGUUUCAAGUCCAUUUUCACCCCGAAAUGUGCCGCUGCUGUCGCCGACAUUGGACAACCAAUCGAGAAAUAAUAUCGGCCAUAUCCCAAUUACUUCUCCAUCGAUACAAUCGUUGACCGCCACGAAUACUGCUAGCAGCGCUAUGGCCACAGUAACAACUGCAAGUAGUCAGUCUGCAUCGGCACCAACAUCAGCCAUUGGGCAAGGUGUGCAAAAGCAUACGAAACAGACGACAGCCUCAACCGGUCGAUCAACUGUUGACAAUGUGAUAGAAACUAUGAGAUCGAACAGCACAGCAUCCGUAUUGCGUUCAACAUCCAGUACAGUGGUAAAUGCUGGCGCAGCUACUGUUAUUCCGAGCGAUGAAGAAGAUGAUGUAAGCCGAAUAGCAGCUAUCCCUCCAAAAACAUCAAACCCGCCAGACAAACGUGUCACUGGAACUAACUUUGGUAUAACGUACAAUAAACCGCAGAACAAUUCCACCCCGCCGAACCCGUCCUCUGCCACCGGUAUCGGGAAAGAUUUGUUUAAAAACCUCAAAACUCUGAGCAAUAACGUACCUCAGCAGCAUACGAAGUCAAUAGCGAAGCCAAGCAUCAAUCCUAGUCGGGUUCAAUUGGAUCGUACGACCAGUGCACUAAGCAGUUUAGGUACAGCCACCGUACCGCAGUCAUUGACGAAAACGGUACCAGUCAAGCCAAAUCAAUCAUUACCGACGGUCAAUUUAACACCUCCAUUGAAAAAGCACACUAAUGUGAACAAAUCCGCGUCGAUGGCACGAAGUCCAUUGACGGUACAAACACUGAUACCAACGAGCAAGGUAACGUUACCAGCUACGAACACCUCAACAUCAACUCCCUCACCAAUGCAAAUCGUACGAUCUGGCAAUGCAACCCAGCGAACGGCAGAAACAUCCAUUUCCAUCAGUACAACUAUGCCCAAGAGCAGUAUGGCUAUAACGGUCAAAUCACAACCAGCUACGACUGCUGGAGUUGUGCCAUCUACCAAUACCAGUACCACUACUGCGACCGUUGCCAAAACAGUUCAGAAACCUGUGUUAGUUGGCGCAAGCCAACAGGGCAAAACAUCGAACGCUUUACAACCGAGUAUGGGCGGGGUGCAAACUUUGCCCAGUAGAGCUUUCUCGAAUACGACAAUCACGCAAGUGAAAUCGGCAGCUGCUGCAAUUCCCAAACCGAGACCUGAAAGCCGUCCAAUGACGCUAACAAUGACGGCAAUAAAGACACCGCUUACGAUGACGAGCAAUACCGGUCCUAAGAUGGUAAAAAAUCCCAUCAGCGCGAUCACGAUGGCGAAGGUGGAUCAAAAAUCACCGACACCUACAAUAAGCAAGGAAGCAACUAGCCGCAGUGGCCCCCAGCGUCCUAUAAACGUAUUCCAAAAAACUAACAUAGCACCAGCAACAUUGCUUUCCACCGCCAGCAUGACAGGUAAACUGAAUAAUGCCACUGGGAUAGGUACCACCACCACCAGACUAUCGUCUUCUGUUCCCUUGCAAUUGCCGACUGUGAAAACAUCAUCCGGCGUGACGACACCUGCAACGACCACUAACCAGUCGGUCUUAGUAACUCGACCAAGUGCUGUUACGUCGGUGAUGGCCCGGCCAACAACGAUUAUCAGUCGACCGGGGAAAAGCCCUAUAACCAUGAAUGCUACCAGAACGAGCAUAUCUGCGGCAAAAACAGGUCUCACGAACAUUAUGACGACUGCAACAGCGCAGCAUCCAGGAUCGUCCCGUAUUUCCGUAGCCAAUUCUUUACCAUCAACCACGAUGACGAUUAUUCCGACAGCAAAUGUCACCACUACUGCAGGGUUGCAAAAGCUGACCGGCUCUGGUGGCGUACCAACAUCAUCAGCAUUGACGUCGACGGUUAUUCCAUCCACAUCUACCGUAGGAAUGCAGCGAACAGGCGGAUCUCCGACAACAUCAACGAUGACCGUUAUUCCUGCAGCUAACGUGAGCGGUAUGAGCUACAACUACAAGGAUGUCGCACGCAAAGAUCUUGUCAUACAUAAAGCUGUCGCUUCGCCCACUAUGCGACGUAUUCUUCCAACAACCCUUGGUUCACAGCAAACAACUAUUAAGCCAUUUAUUUCAGCUACUCCAUCGAGAACAGUACUGAAACCGAAUGUGCCGGCGGGGAACAUUAUUCGUGCUGGUACCGGCACCACCACCACUACUACCCCUUCAAACAUUACCGGUGUUCAAACGGCACCAAACUGUGUUUUUAUUCGGAAACGCGGGUUGGAUUCAACUACGAUGGACAGUUCUAAGGCAAAAAACGUUCCUAGCUCGAUUUUUGAACAGCAACUGAAGGGUAGUAGUAGCAACGCUGCAAACUCAAUUGAGUCUGGUGCUUCUUCUAUAAAGCGUGCCAGACGUGAACAGACGAACAUUAACCCUCCUGUCAUUACAAGCACGAGUUUAGCCUCGUACGGCAUCACGAAUCGCAUAUGUGGAGGAUUGGUGGUUAAAACGAAAGCUUUGCCACAAAUGAAAGCUAACAAAAAAGGUGAUCCUACCGAAGUGGUUGUACUCGAAUGAAGUACAUAUACAAAAGAUUUAUCUUAAGAGGGAUAAUUUAUAUGAGUUCCAUUUUUCGUAAUUUUUACGACUUGAUUUUCGUGUACAUUUAAUAAACCUUUGAAGAGGGUUCACAAUAGAGGACCUAGAAUUAAA